CGUGAAUGAGCCAGCCAUCUCACAAGUUUUUGGUCAACGACAAUUAUUGACGUUUCUAACCUAUAAUUGGAUAUUUGACGUUUACUGUAAAAUUCCAAGAGGGGUGUUUCCGUCUUCGUAAUCCGCGAGAAAUUGAUAAAAUAAAAAGUAUGGACGCGUUUGGCGAUAAUUUUGUCGAACCUGAAGUUGACCCAGCUGCAGAGUUUUUAGCUCGAGAGCAAAAUGAACUCGCAGGAUUAGAAGUUGAAAUUCCUCCCCUGAUAAGUGCUGCUCCAGCUUCCAUUGGCGAUGAUGAUUUGUCCGACAACUUUGAAGAGCUGCAAAUGGGUUCCGGAGACGAUGGGGAAAACGAGAUUCCUCAACCAACAGAAACCAUUCCAGAAAUUUCAUCAGUGACUCCAGUAAUCAAAGAAGAGCCAGAAAAGAUCAAGAAAUGGAGGGAGGAACAGAAAGACAGAUUGGAACAGAAAGACGCUGAAGAGGAGAAGAAGAAACAAGAAUGGAAGGAAGCAGCCAAAAAAGAAUUGGAAGAAUGGUAUAAGCAGCACGCCGAGGCUAUUAGCAAAACUAAAGCUAACAACAGGGAGACCGCCAAGAAUGCAGAGAAACAGUUCGUGGCCGAAGCUGAUGAAGUCGAACCUGGAACCGAGUGGGAACGGAUCGCGAAGCUUUGCGAUUUUAAUCCGAAGUCGGCAAGGACCUCUAAAGACGUUUCCAGAAUGCGCUCCAUUAUUUUGCAGCUCAAGCAAAAUCCGCCAACGCCUAUCAAUUGUUGAUUCCGCAAUUCUGCGCUUUUUUCGACUAGAAAAAUCUAGAAAAGGAAAUUACAGGAAAAAAGGAAAAUUUUCCACAGAGUGGAUAAUUCAAAGAGAUUCCCAAAUGGUUAGAGGUAUUGAUGUUAUGAAAGAAAUAUUCAGAUGGUAAUAAUAUAAAUAUAAUUAUGUGUUAUAAUUAAUUUACUCACCGAGUUCGUCAUCCCGUUGAAUGUACCGGAGGUUUCGAUUUUUUAAUUUUUAAAUAGGAUACCGUCUCUUUAAAACAAUGCUUCUUAGUAAUUAUUACCAUAACGAUUAGCCGAUUCACUUAUAACUAUAUAUUUCGAAAAAUUGUAACGUUAUUGCAUUCCAUUAAUUGUUUAGAUUCUCGCCUCUAGGAAGAAUAUUAAUUUGUAUUUUAUGUACCUGGGAAACCUUUUUCGAAUCUCUGUGCAUAUUAUUCUAGAAGAAUAUUCUAUCCACUGUUCAAGGUGAUUACAAAUAAAUAAUUUUAAGACGAUAAA